GUUUAAAAGAAGGAUCUACAUAAAUCAUGUCGCCGAGUGUCCAAGAUCUCUGAGAGCCCUUCCAGUUACUGUUAUCGACCGUCCAGAUCGUGAAACGUUCUAUCCGCGACAUGGCACCUCAACGUAACCGCCAGAACGUGUUGAUGAACGAUCAACACCGUCUUUCUGAACAGCUUCAGCUGCUCUCUCACUUCAAAUACUCAGAUCUCGAUAUGCCUUAUGCAGGUGUCGGCGAGCACAGUAACAAGGCUACGCGGAACCCUGACACCAAUACCAUGAUUCGCAUUCUCGACACCAUCGCGGUCGCACUGACCACCGGCCUGGCCGGAGAUGUCUACGCUGCGGCAUUUGACACCAGUCGGGGUCUUAAGCUUGUCUUGGCAAAGAACGUACCUCCCUCAGCUAACGACGAUGGCGCCGUUCGUGCAUUGUUCAGCCAAAUCACCGCUCCCCAGGCUCCUGCCGUAGGGGACCUUUUGCCUUUCCUAUUUACUCGUUGCGGAGCGAACAUCAGGAAGCGGGUCGCGAAGAUGGGUGACACUUUGAACAAUUUCUCCAGUGGCAUCGAGGAAGCCUUAAAGGAAUACGAAUCCUUGCCCUCCAUCGACGAAGAGUUUCCCUCAUCUACGGAUUAUCGCGAUCUCCUGUAUGGUGACGGAGCGGUCACAUUUGCGGAAAUGAUACGUGAUCUGUUGAAGGCUAUCAAGGACACCGUUACACGUUUCGAUUCACAGGAUCUAUACACAACGUCAGGCGUCCACCGCUUCUUCAGCACCUUUGUGCUCAUGGUCAUCGUUCUCAAAAAGUCCCGUCUGCUACGUUGGCUCUGCCAAUCAGACGAAGUUAUCUAUCGCCACCGCAAACUGCAGGCGGAACAGCUGAAACGCCGCCUUGCUAAGGUCAGCCAGUAUUCCGAGGGCAUUGCAGACGUCAUCACGUAUACGAGGCGCUACUUCCCACAAGGCAUUGCAUAUUGCUGGGUCGACCCGAUUCAUGGCACGGGCGAGGCUACAGUUAAGCUAGUAGGCGGUUACGCUAUGGCCAUCGAACGGGCACUUGGUGUUCCUCCCAUGAGGGACACUCUAGCCACACUGCACGAUAGCUUUCCAGAGAUAAGAGUGGAGUGGGGCACGUCUCGUUCCAUCACGACUCGACUCCACGCCGAAAUCCACAUCCUGCUUCAUCUCAGCAAGUCGUUCGAUGAUAAUUUGGAUAACUCUCAGCAGCGGCCUAUCGGAUGUAGCAAACGGAGUUGCUUAUGUUGCACUUUGUGGAUUUGGGCGUAUAAUAAGAGGUACGGGACAAAUUGGCUGACGUCUGGGUCCCAUGGUAAGCCUUACUCCGCUUGGGCUUUGCCUGGUUGCACCUACGCACAUGCUUGGGUGAAAGGCGGGCAGAGCGAGGUUGAUGUAACUGUCAUGGACGGGGUCCAGGAGCGCCUGACUCAGACUAUUACUAAGCUAUUUCCAAACCAGAGGAGGCUCUCUGAUGAACAUCGGUCGAGCGGGUCGGAAUUAGGGGGAAGUGACUCGGAAGAGGAGAGGACGACGCACCGACGGGAUCUGGUCCGUGACGUCCGUCAGGAGUGGGACGAAUUCAGUAGAACUUUUGGUAUUACUAGACGCCUUUAGGCCCUGGUCUGUAACACUGUGGCAGUUUCAAUGUUAUCACAUGCUUUAAAGAGUAUUCCAAGGUGCAAAUAGCAUAUUUUCUUUUGAAUCAAAUUAUGAGAC